GAAGCCUACGUCACUUCCUAUUUAGAGAAGACGAAAACGGAACGGAUGAGAAGUAACGACAAUAACGGCACCUCGUACUUCUAUAUUAAUUUCAAUAAUUACUUCUUCUAGUCGCACGGGACGAUACAUUCCUCUCCAAAAUGCCCGAAACUGAGAGUUACUCCAACCCCCUGGCCCCCGACGGCCAUGAGGUGGAUGACCACAGGUCUGCCCUACAGUCCAAGCUAACCAACGAUGACUUCAGGAAGCUCUUAAUGACACCAAGGUCUGCCCCCUCUUCAGCCCCGCCCUCAAAGUCCAGACAUCAUGAAAUGCCAAGGGACUACAAUGAGGAUGAGGAUCCAGCAGCAAGACGGAGGAAGAAGAAGAGCUACUAUGCAAAGUUGCGACAGCAGGAGAUGGAGAGAGAGAGAGAGCUGGCAGAGAAGUACAGAGACCGGGCCAGAGAGAGGAGAGAUGGAGUCAACAAAGAUUACGAAGAAACCGAACUCAUCAGCACCACAGCAAACUACAGAGCUGUAGGACCUACUGCAGAGGCUGACAAGUCUGCAGCAGAGAAGCGUCGUCAGUUGAUUCAGGAGUCCAAGUUUCUGGGUGGAGACAUGGAGCACACUCAUUUGGUGAAGGGGCUGGACUUCGCCUUGCUGCAGAAGGUGAGAGCAGAAAUCACCAGUAAGGAGAAAGAAGAGGAGGACUUGAUGGAGAAAACCCAGAAGGAAGUCAAGAAAGAUGUGGAACCUGAGGAGAAGAUUGAAUUUAAAACGCGUCUGGGAAGGAAUAUCUACCGUCUGUUGUUCCGCUCUCGGCAGGCAGAGAGGAAUGAGCUCUUCCUGCCAGGGAGGAUGGCUUAUGUGGUGGAUCUGGAUGAUGAAUACGCAGACACUGAUAUUCCAACUACCCUCAUCCGCAGCAAAGCUGACUGUCCCAGCAUGGAGGCCCAGACCACGCUGACUACUAAUGACAUCGUCAUCUCCAAACUGACUCAGAUCCUGUCCUACCUGAGACAAGGAACCCGCCACAAGAAACUUAAAAAGAAAGAUAAAGGAAAACUGGAUGAGAAGAAAGCUCCUGAAGCUGAUCUUAGCAUCUUUGAUGACAUUGGAGACUACAUCCCAUCCUCCUCUUCCAAACCUCCUCCUAAAGAGAAGGAGCGCUACAGGGAGCGGGAGGAAGACAAAAGGAGGCUCAGCUACUUUGAGAAGCCCCAAGGAGAUGAACACCAGGCUAUGGAGAUGGAGACAGGUCCCGGUUCUGUCAGAGAUCAGAUAAAGAUGAUUAAUGAGAAGUUUGCGAGCGUGGCUGGCAGCCAGUGGCAGAACCAGGAAACUGCAGGGCAGAGGAGAGACGCCGCCAAGGAGCAACUUGGAGAUUUCUUUGGAAUGUCUAAUUCUUAUGCUGAGUGCUACCCUGCUACGAUGGAUGACCUUGCUGUUGACAGUGAUGAGGAGGUGGACUACAGCAAAAUGGACCAGGGUAACAAGAAAGGUCCCCUGGGCCGCUGGGACUUUGAUACACAGGAAGAAUAUUCAGACUACAUGAACAAGAAGGAAGCCCUGCCCAAGGCUGCCUUCCAGUAUGGGAUUAAGAUGUCAGAGGGCAGGAAGACCAGACGCUUCAAAGAGACCAAUGAGAAGGCUGAGCUGGACAGGCAGUGGAAGAAGAUCAGCGCGAUAAUUGAGAAAAGAAAGAAGAUGGAGGCAGAUGGGAUGGACGUGAAAAGGCCGAAGUACUGAAGAGUUCUCCGUCAUCUUCUUCCUCUCCUCCUAGGAGAUGCUCUCCACCUCACUCUCACCCAUCCUGGGCCCUAAGCUCACGCUGUUUUACACACACACACACACACACACACACACACACACACACACACACACACACACACACACACACACACACACACACACACACACACACACACACACACCAUCAUCAUCAUCGCAGGAACAUGGUUGCCACGUCCCUCCAGACCAGAGUUUUUAUCUAUAUGCAUGAAGUGAUUGUAAAUGAGUCUCAUUCAGUUUCAGUCCAGUCCUUUAGAAGAACUAGUGGUUAGUUUUUUCAGACAUAGAGCCACCAGUAAAACUGAGCUCAUGUUCUUUGUAGAUUCUGUGUGAAUGUCAUAAUUUCCACAUCAGGUAAUAUCUUCAAAUAAUAACACUCAACAAUCAAUAAAUGACUCCAAAC